AUGUGUUCGUUAUUCACUGCGUGUAACACCUGUAUCUGCAUUACUCCCAAUUCUCUUUCACUCUCUCUCUUUAUUUAUCUAUCUAUCUAUCUAUCUAUCUAUCUAUCUAUCUAUCUAUCUAUCUAUCUCAUUCCGUUCACAUCUAUCUAUCUAUCUAUCUAUCUAUCUAUCUAUCUAUCUCAGCCUAUAUCUAUCAAUUUCAGACUAUUCAUAUCUAUCUGUCUCAGUUUAUAUCUAUCAAUUUCAGUCUGUUCAUAUAUAUCUAUCUAUCUAUCUAUCUAUCUAUUUAUCUAUCUAUCUAUCUAUCUGUCUAUUCAUAUCUAUCUAUCUAUCUAUCUACCUAUCUAUCUAUCUAUCUAUCUAUCUAUCUAUCCAAGUUUGUUCAUAUUUAUCUAUCUGUCUAUCUAUCUAUCUGUUUAUCUGUCUAUUUAUCUAAGUCUGUUCAUAUCUAUCUAUCUAUCUAUAUCAUUUUGUUCUACCUAUCUAUCUCUAUCAUCUUUCAUAUCUAUCUCAGUUUAUUCAUGUCUAUCUCUGUUGCACACAUACACAUUGUACAUCUGUCGUUAA